GCCUAUUUGACGUUUGAUAGAACAACCUAACCUCACUUUAUUUUAAAAAUGAAACUAUUUAGAGUAGUACGUAUUAUAAGAAACAAAACGUAUUUUAGCAGUUUUAUACCGGCUGUCCCGGUUCGAUGCCCGAAUAUCUGCAACUACAAAAUAAGCACGCAAUUAAAUCAGUACAACAUCGGAAAAUACUCGACAGAAAACGAUGAGGAACCCGAAGAAUUGGAAACCGAAACCGUCGAUUUAACGGAGGGUUUGAAAUAUAUUCUAUUCGGAGAUACCAAAGAUGCGGUUAUACGAGAAUUAAACGAUUGCAACAGCUUGGAGGAUGUGUGGAAGAUUUUAGAAAAAUAUAAUAAUAGUUUAACUAACGAGCAAAUCACUCAAGCCAUAUUGGUUCUGAAGGAUCUACAAAUCUCGCUAUGGAAGUCAAGAAAGUGGGAUUUCACUAAUUUCGUACAACUGAGAAUGAGUAGAAUAUUUAUAGAUUUGUUGGAUAAAAUCGUAAAUCGAUUGGAUAAUUUCGAUACGAAUCAUUUGAGUUACGUUUAUUUGUAUUUGAGUCGAUUAGGACUGAACGCAGACGAAGAAUGCAUGCUCAAAAUCGGCGAGAAACUGAAGAGAGAUUUAGAGGAGGACUUCAACUUGGCUGUAUGCAGCAAAUUUCUACGGGUGGCCUUUUUGGAGAGCAGCGUUCGACCCUACUACAUGUCGAUGAAUUUAAUCCCUAAAAUAUUAAAAGCACUAGAUAAUUGCGAUUCCGUGGAGGAUUUUUCGAACAUAUCCACCUGUUUGAACAAAUUAGCCGGCAUCGUAACCCCCUCGAUACUAAGCGAUUACGUAAAAGUACUCGAGAGAUUCCUGGAUAAAAAGAAGCUAGACUCCUCCAAUUCGCACGCUAUUCUAAUGAUAAUAUCCUUCCUGAAUCUGCUCCCUUGGAGGGAAAAACACGUGGAACUGAUAUCGAAAUGUAUGCUGUUAAUGAAGAACUCCCUACACAAACUAGACAUCCCUUACCUUCUACUAUUCUACGAUGUGUUUUUUAAGAUCCAGGAACCGGCCGAGCUGCUCGACAACAUCCAGAGAUCCGCCGCGAAAUUCUGGCAACAGUACGAGGAAACCGGCAUGCAGGACGUCAACACCACUCUAAAAUUAUACUCUGCUUUGCUAUUCUUCUCGUCGCCUUUACAUCGAGUGCAACUUCGCAACGGCGUUGAUAAAUUAAUGCCCUCCAAGCUAGAGAUGCGAGAUUUGAUACUCAUUCGCAAGAUAUUCUCGCACGUUAAAGUAUCCGACAAGCAAUUGUGCACGAAAUACUGGGAUAUUUGGAGCGAUAUACUAAAACAAAACGACGAUAACCACGUGGUAUCGAAAUCGUGCUUCAACUACAUGCAAUUCAGCAUCGACAUCGAUAGUUACAGGAAUGUAGACUUCGAAAAGCGAGUACUCGAUGCGAUAAAAAACAUCGUCGGAAGAGGUGAUGUGAUAUUACCGCAAGAUAUAAGUAUAUUUCUGGCGUUUGUGGUGCAUUACAGCGACGAUAGAGGGCUCUUUCGAGAGUUACUCGACAAAUUGAAGGAUAAUCCGAGGCAAUUGAAAACUAGAGAAAUCUCGUUGUUGUCGCAAUCGUGCGCGAGCAAGAGCGAGUGCUGCACCGAAGAAGAUUUCGACGAAAUUAGAGAUUUAUUGAAGGAAAGCAGUAGAUGUUUGAUCAGCGAGGACGGCGGGUCGUUCGAGAGGAAUUCGUUUUUGAUCAAAGCGGCGGUGUCGAGGGAGAAGGACGUCGAUCGUUUCGUCGAGGAUUCGCUGUUGGGGUUCAAGGAAUUGGAUUACAUGAGCUCGAAGUUGCUCGAGAACGUUUCUUACGUAUUUUUGAACACCGGUAUCGUGAUACCGGAGGUUUACAACAAAAUCACCGAGUAUAUUGUUAGGAAUAAGAGCAACAUUAUCGCUUUCAACGCGGAAAAGGUGCUGUUUCUUUGUUUCUACGUGGCGUAUUUUCCCAUAAAUGCUGAUAAGUUUUUCCAAGCCGUAACCGACAUUAUAAUUAGGGAUCAAGAAAGACUGAGCGGUUUGGCCUUCUUGCAGAGCGCUUUAUCGUUGAGUUUCUUCAACAAAUUGCCCAGUUUCCUGGUCAAGCAGAUCUUCAACGUCGAAUUCAUGGAUAGAUUGGAUAACGAAUUGGCCAAUUGUUAUUCUAAGGAGAAAUAUCCCCAGCGAGUCCGAAACACUUUGAUGUACUUGAACAGGACGGUUUGUUUGGAAUAUCCGGAAUUUAACGUGCCUUGGUUCCACGAUAAAUACGUCAAAGACCUGCACGCUCGUUAUGUUACUGAAUACGUUUCGCCGAGAUCUAUGAGAGAAUAUUUGAUAGAAAUAACCGGCAAGGAGCUUCAGGAAAAUGUGACGGUUCCGUACGGGUAUCGAAUAGAUUUCGUGGUCAAUUUAGACGAGAAAAAUAAGGUCGUUUCGUCCGAAUGCGGAUCGGUCGCGAAACGAGUGGCGAUUUUGAUUUUGAAACAACACGCUUUUACGAGGUUUUACUCGCAUUUGAGGGGGACCUAUCAAAUGAAAAUCAAGCACUUGGAAAUGAUGAAUUACAACGUAUCGGUGGUGAAGUUCUGCGAUUGGGCGAAUUUGCUGUACACGAGCGAAAAAUUGGAGUUUUUAAACAACCUGAUAUGGCCCAGGGAGUAUAAAAUUUUAUGGACCAGAGAAAGGUAACGCUAUUUUAAUCCUAUGGUAAACUUUUCUUGGUAAUAAGAACACCUCUAUUAAUAUACUAUGUAUCAUAUGAUAAUUUAUUUUUACUGCGAUUUUGUUAUUGUAUAGAAUUGAUAAUUUGUUAAAAAUUGAUGUGAAAGAUGUUUUAUAUUUGACGAUGUUGAAAGAAUUAUAAAG